CCGCUGGAGCUUUUGCCAAGGGAUGAGGUGGGAGGCGCUAGAAACCACUUAGCUACAGCCAACCGCCCAAUGCAGCACUCGCUGUCUCCCCCCGCCAGCGGAAGCGCCCGCGGAGCACAAUGCAGCACUGAGGCAGCGCGGCGGUGGAGGCUGCAGCGCCACGGCCGCCACAGCACCGGCCGGGGCUGGGAGGGGGCGACCCAGGCGAACCGGGGGGCGCUGGGCCAGGGAGCCGGACCGGCUGGCCGGGCAUGAAGAGCUGAGCGUCUCCAACCAGGCGGACUGACCGCAGCACCAUGCGGGCAGCGGCUGCGUCCGUGCCCUUGUUGCUGCUCUGCGCACUGGGGACCUGCCCCCCGGCGCGCUGCAGCCGGGCAGGAGACGCCUCAUUGACGGAGCAGGAGAGGAGGAAUGAAAACCGCUUCCUGGAGCGCCAGAGCAUCGUGCCACUCCGGCUCAUCUACCGCUCUAGCGGCGAAGACGAAACUGGGCACGACGUGCUGACCACACGGGUGCGGGGCGACCCCGGCGCUCAGUUGACUCAUGUUGACCAGGCCAGCUUCCAGCUUGAUGCCUUUGGAACAUCAUUUAUUCUCGAUGUUGUGCUUAACCAUGAUUUGCUGUCCUCCGAAUACAUAGAGAGGCACAUUGAACAUGGAGGGAAGACUGUGGAAGUUAAAGGAGGAGAACACUGUUACUACCAGGGCCACAUCCGAGGAAACCCUGCCUCGUUUGUUGCAUUGUCAACAUGCCAUGGACUUCAUGGGAUGUUCUAUGAUGGGAACCACACCUAUCUCAUUGAGCCAGAAGAAAACAACACCUCCCACGCGGAUUUCCGUUUUCAUUCGGUUUACAAAUCCAGACUCUUUGAAUUUCCUUUGGAUGAUCUUCCAGCUGAAUUCCAACAAGUAAACAUCACUCCACCAAAAUUUAUUUUGAAGCCAAGACCAAAAAGGACUAAACGGCAGCUCCGGCGACGUCCUCGAAAUGUAGAGGAGGAAACCAAAUACAUUGAACUGAUGAUUGUGAACGAUCAUCUCAUGUUUAAAAAACAUCGGCUUUCAGUUGUACAUACCAACACGUAUGCGAAAUCUGUGGUGAACAUGGCGGAUUUAAUAUACAAAGACCAACUUAAGACGAGGAUAGUGUUGGUUGCCAUGGAAACCUGGGCAGCUGACAACAAGUUUGCCAUAUCUGAAAAUCCACUGAUCACCCUGCGUGAGUUUAUGAAAUACAGAAGGGAUUUCAUCAAAGAGAAAAGUGAUGCAGUUCACCUUUUUUCGGGAAGUCAAUUUGAGAGUAGCCGGAGCGGGGCAGCUUAUAUUGGUGGGAUUUGCUCGUUGCUGAAAGGAGGAGGCGUGAAUGAAUUUGGAAAAACUGAUUUAAUGGCAGUUACUCUUGCCCAGUCAUUAGCCCAUAAUAUUGGUAUUAUCUCAGACAAAAGAAAGUUAGCAAGUGGCGAGUGUAGAUGUGAGGACACAUGGUCUGGAUGCAUAAUGGGAGACACUGGCUAUUAUCUUCCUAAGAAGUUCACCCAGUGUAACAUUGAAGAAUACCACGAUUUCUUGAAUAGUGGCGGCGGUGCCUGUCUUUUCAACAAACCUUCUAAGCUUCUGGAUCCUCCUGAGUGUGGUAAUGGCUUCAUUGAAACUGGAGAGGAGUGUGACUGUGGGACCCCGACAGAAUGUGUCCUUGAAGGAGCAGAGUGUUGUAAGAAAUGCACCUUGACUCAAGACUCUCAGUGCAGUGAUGGUCUUUGUUGUAAAAAGUGCAAGUUUCAGCCUCUGGGGACUGUGUGCCGAGAAGCAGUAAACGACUGUGAUAUUCGUGAGACAUGCUCAGGAAAUUCAAGCCAGUGUGCCCCAAAUAUUCAUAAAAUGGAUGGAUAUUCAUGUGAUGGUGUUCAGGGGAUUUGCUUUGGAGGAAGAUGCAAAACCAGGGAUAGACAAUGCAAGUACAUCUGGGGACAAAAGGUGAUGGCAUCAGACAAAUACUGCUACGAGAAACUAAAUAUUGAAGGCACAGAGAAGGGUAACUGUGGGAAAGACAAAGACACCUGGAUACAGUGCAACAAACGGGAUGUGCUUUGUGGUUACCUCCUGUGUACCAAUAUCGGUAAUAUCCCAAGGCUCGGAGAACUUGAUGGUGAAAUCACAUCUACUUUAGUUGUGCAGCAGGGAAGAACAUUAAACUGCAGUGGUGGGCAUGUUAAGCUUGAAGAAGAUGUAGAUCUUGGCUAUGUGGAAGAUGGGACACCUUGUGGUCCCCAAAUGAUGUGCUUAGAACACAGGUGUCUUCCUGUGGCUUCCUUCAACUUUAGUACUUGCUUAAGCAAUAAAGAAGGUGCUGUUUGUUCAGGAAAUGGAGUGUGCAGCAAUGAGCUGAAGUGUGCGUGCGACCGACACUGGACCGGUGCUGACUGUAGCACCUACUUCCCUCACGACGAUGAGGCAAAGACCGGCACGACUCUGUCUGGCAGCGGUGUUGCUGGCACCAACAUCAUAAUAGGCAUAAUUGCUGGCACCAUUUUGGUGCUGGCCCUCAUAUUAGGAAUAAUCGCAUGGGGUUAUAAAAACUACCGAGAACAGAGACAGUUGCCCCAGGGAGAUUAUGUAAAAAAGCCUGGAGAUGGCGACUCUUUUUAUAGCGACAUCCCUCCUGGAGUCAGCACAAACUCAGCAUCUAGUUCUAAGAAGAGGUCAAAUGGGCUCUCUCAUUCUUGGAGUGAAAGGAUUCCCGACACAAAACAUAUUUCAGACAUCUGUGAAAAUGGGCGACCUCGAAGUAACUCUUGGCAAGGUAACCUGGGAGGCAACAGAAAGAAAAUCAGAGGCAAAAGAUUUAGACCUCGGUCUAAUUCAACUGAGACUUUAUCUCCUGCCAAGUCUCCUUCUUCAUCAACUGGGUCUAUUGCCUCCAGCAGAAAAUACCCCUACCCCAUGCCUCCACUUCCCGACGAGGAGAAGAAAGUGAACCGACAGAGUGCCAGGCUAUGGGAGACAUCCAUUUAAGACCAACUGUUUACAUGUGACACAUCGAAACUGUUUACUUCAACUUUUAUAGAAACCCAGCCUCAUGGAGCCACUGCAAAUCUAUCUGCUCUUCAGACGAUACGAACACCCUCCGAGAUGCCACACGCGAGGAGAAGCCCAGUCUCACAUCUGGAUACUAUUUUCUUUCUGUCAUUGGCUUAAGAUUUAACUGAACCCUGAAAAGAGCUACUGAACUGUUACACUAUCCUAUGGCACAGUAAAGGUAUCGGUAUGUUAAUGGAUAAUUCGCAUGACAGAUAUAUGUAGAAAUAUCACUAAAAUUAACUCACAUGACCCAAAUGUAGCAAGUUUUCUAAGGGACAAUAGUGGAUUCAGAACUUGACAUUCUGAAGCACAUCCUCAUUGUAGACAGUAAUGCUAUGUGCAUGAAGCUUCUGUUUAUUGUUUUCCACGUUUACGGAGACAACAUCCUGCGACAGACACUAGCAUGCAGGGCUAAGGCAUAUAGGAUUCUCCUGCAGGACUUUACAGCUUUGAGAGGCCAAUAUUCCAUAUGCUAAAUUUAAAUAUGUAUUUUUUAUUUCUGCUUUUUUUUUACUUUUCAUAUUUAUAUCAGCAUACAAGGACAAUUGUACAUAUGUAAACAUUUUUAAAAUAAAAAAAAGCAGCUGUUACUUACAGUGUAUUUUGCCAAAUGCCUAAAAACAAUCAGUCACAGUCACAGUCAUGUCACUGUUGUCCACCAGACGGUCUUUGAAGAGCGUGAGAAGCUGAUGUUGUGAAUUUGGUGGUCAGUGCUGUAAACAUGUCUCCAUAAUUGGUAUUUGUCCAAAACGUGUGACAUCCCUUUAUACCAUGCACAGUCUGGUGGCAAUUUUAUUGAGCAAUUAAUUGACCAGGAGAUCACAUGCCCAGCAAACGUGUGGCCCCCGCACCCUGUGGGGGCAGGAAUCCAGUGGUGCUGCCGUCCACCUGCAGGCCCUCCACCGCCCGUAGCUGCUCCUGGGAGUCCUCCAGCCUGUCCACUUGGCUUCUGGGGCUACAGUGGCUGCCUCCGCAGCCGUUAUUUUCAGCACAAGAGCACAUCUGCUGGUCUCACUCGGGAGGCUGUGAGUCCCACAGCAGUCACUCCCACUGAGAUUACGCAAGUUCAUCCAGAAUAGAUGAGACCACAGGCUGCGGAUGCAUUAGUGGCUCCCAAUUUGCCAAUACUGUAACCCUUUGUGGCCUAAAGUUUUGUUCUUUAACAAAACUGGUAGCCACCCUUAUCUGUGAAAUGAAUGACUCAUUUCAAUAGAAACAACUUUCACACUGUUCACGAAGGAUAUUUAUCCUUAGUGGAUGCUUGAGUCCCAACCGGUCAUUCUGCACUGACUUGGAAGCUAGAUGAGGGAAAGUUCCACCAGCUGGGUGGGGAAGCCUCAACAGGCCACAGAGAGUUAAAAGAAAUCUAAAGCUACAAGUGUGCAGCCACUUUGAAGUCACCCAAACAGCUGGCCGAGAGAGACGUUUUGAGCUCCAAAUUUUUUUAAUCCAUAGAAAACUCAGAAAUCUCUGUGAAAGCCCCUUCUUCAAAACCCGAGUUUGAUGGCCAUCAUGGUGCAGCUCUGUCGUGCUGAAAGAAAACUUUCCUAAGGAGACUCCCCGGGUGAGCUCAGAAAUUGGUGGGAUCCACCAGAUGCUUGGAUGUGAAGAGUACUUCUGAGUUUCUUCGUUUCCUCUCCUUCUUGAGAGGAAUGGGACCCGCAGACAAGGUUGCAGAACUCUCUCCCAGGAUCAUUCAUGGACAAAGUGCAUUUCACUCUUACAUGUAAUCUCUCGGGACGGCCAGGCUCACCGCGUUUCUGUCUCCCAGUGCAUCAUCUCUCUUCUGAAAGUCUUCGAAGAUGUGUGUACAUCAGUUUGAUCAGCCAGAUUAUUAAAGUAUAAACAGCAUUUUUAUGACAAGAAGGGAUGUAACUCUUGAGACUACAAAAAUGAAACAAAACAAUACAAACGAUCCAUCUAACUAAGGUCUGGGUGAGUGCUGGUGACACGGCCACCUAGGGCAAGCCGAGGACAGGGGGGCAGAUGGGUGUAAAGGUACAGCAGGUAAAGUGGCUUUGACCGAGGUCACUGUAAUGUGCACUGAAUGUUUUCUGGUGUUGAGUGUAUAAAAUGCUAAUGCUAUAAGGUUUAUUUUGACUAUGAAAGAGUUUAUAGAUUUGAAUGUAAGGUACCUGGUGUAUAUAUGCUCCCUAGCUACAGUUACACCAACCCUAAUUUGAAAGAAUCCUCACGCAAAUGGAUAGCUACAUAAUCACAGAUCUCACUCCCCCUUUUCUCACCUUCUCAGUUAUUUUACAUGAAAAUUAUUAUUUGAAGUGAAAAUCAUUAUUAUGUACCUUUUGGGUGACGUAGUCAUCUUCCUAGUAAUAACUUUCAUAUGGAACUGAAUGAAAGUGUUUUUUUUAUUUUAUUUGCAGAGAGAUUAUGAUUUUAUAGGAGCUUUAAUGUUGUAUUGUCAGUAUUUACUGUAUCUAGGAAUGUUAAGCAUUCUUACAGCCACUUGCAAAAUUCGUUGGCAAGGUUAUCAUCUUAGUGGGUAAUUUCAAGAAGCAUGUGUUGGUGUUUCGGAUGUACUCAGUGUAAUACUUACGACUUUUCACCACGGAGGCAGGGAGAAGGGGCUCAUGACACCAAACACAAGCACAACAUCCCUGUUACUUUUCAGAAUAUCUACUCUGGAGAGGGACUUGGAGGCCACAUAGCCGUUUGUAUCGUGCCACUAAUGCUUAUGUCCCCCAGUCCACCGGAGGGACUGGCGUGCCUCGCAGAGAAGAGUGGUGACUUGGCCUUCCUGUCCCAUUGUAUGCCUUUUUCCUCUCCUUCCAGAGUUUUGUGCGUGGGUAAGACUUUGGAUUGACAACCCCACUGCCUGAGAUAUCCCAUUCAACCCAUAGUCAUGACAGUGUAGUGCAAUUUAAUUUAAAGAAACACUUAAUAAUAAAACAUACUAUAACCCAGUGAGUUUUAUCCUAAGGACACAAAGCUGCUUAUGAAAAUGAGGUCUUCAUUUACCAUAUAACAGAUUAAAGGGGAAAAACCACGUGAUGAUAUCCAUAGAUGAAGGAAAAAACAUAAAUAAAGGUAAAAAUCAGUAAGGAAACACAAAUGUACAAAUGUAAAGAAACAUUUGCAUCUCUUCUAAGAGUGGCACCAGUGGAGGGGAGGGGGAACCGGGGGCCCUGCAGGACUGGGGGUCACUCUAACUGGUCUCUGUGCGCGGCCAAUCCCCCUCUAGGCAGGAAGUGCCCCCCGCCCCUGCGUCUCCCAGCUCCGCCAGGACCCCCAGCCCCAGGUUCUGCACUCUGUGGACCGGAACAAACCAACAGUACAGCAUAACAAGGGCUUUCAGUUUGCUGCCGUUGCUGAAUUUUUUUUUAAGGAACUAUUUCUUUAAAAAGAAAGUUGACUAAGUAAAUGUAAGGUUAAAAUGACAAAUGUAUUUUGAUACAGGUGCUUCUUAAGCGAUAAAAGCUUCUCUCUCACUUUCCCCUUGCUUUAAAAAGGAUUUUAAAAUUGGGUUUAUACAUAAGGUCAGUCCAGUAUAGAUUUCUGAACAUAAGAUUGAUAAGGUUUCUAAAAUAAGUUGCUGAAAAUACAGAAUUAGGUAUUUUGCACAUUUCCAUAGAAAGAAGCUACCUUUCCCUCACUCUCUCACUGAUUCCAUUGAAGAUUUGCAAAAUUUAAUCCUGUCCAUGGUCAAAUCUCUUGGGGCUACUUCUUAUCUUUGUAGAUUUUGUUUUUUAUACUUAUGUUACCUAUAGUUCCCUAUGGGCCAGAGGAAAUACGGCAUCACCAUUCACUUCUUUCAGUGUUUCAAAAUCAGGUUUAUUCAUUUAUUUAUUUCAUCUAUUCUUCAUUUUUUGCUGUGAUAUAGUUCUAUUUUAACAUAUAUUUAGUGCUUUAAACAUAUAUAUCCUUGUGUUGUUCAACAUAAUAAUAAAUCUUAACCUAAAGAGAAGACUAUUUUAUUUCACUUCAUCUGACUUGAAGGAGAGGGAAGUUUCUGGAAGGCUUUCGAGAGGCGUGCAGAGGAUACGGGAGAACGAAGCGCAGCACUGAGUGAAGCGAUGCUGGCGGGAGGGGCGAGGAGACAGCUGGGCCAGGCCUGAGGAGGUAGGGCUCCCCCGCGGGCUGCUGCUGGGGCCGCCCCGGGCAACGCACGUUCAUGCCGUCCUGCCGGCUGCUAAGUCGGCAGGAACUCUGUAUCAAAUGCUCUGACUCUCAUUUGCGGCAUAAUGUCUACUUUUUAUCCUAGUCCUAAUGAUCUUCCUCCUUUCACUUUUAUGUUUUCCUCUAAAUCUGCCACCCACAUGCUUUUGUUUUUAAAUGGAGUCAAGAUGAAUUUCUCAUUCUCAUUAUUUAGUAGCUUAAAAUACAAAAGCAGCACAUAUUUAUAUGGAAUAGAGCUUUACUCGGGGCUCAGAUUUUUUAUUUUUCCCCUCUGAAAUAUUUUCUGAAUUGGUAAGACUACUCUGAUUUUGGAUGCAACUUUUCUCUGGCUUGGGGUGAGCUAAGGACUUUGAUAAACAGCUCCCCUGAUUAUUGCACCCACAGGUGGCCAGCUUGCUCUUGUGAAAAUGGGCUGAAAGGCAGCAGCUUACCCUGCUGUGUGUGUGCGGGGGUGGGGGCAGGUGAGUGGAACAGCCACACCUGCUGGGAAAUGUUGGCGCAUGCUCAUAGCAUAUGCUCUGUGGUCAGGUGCUUUUAAUUGCCAGAGGAGCUUUUCCAUGACACCUACGGGUGCUGAGCAAACAAAGAUCCAAUGAGACUUUAGAUACCAGGGGAUAAUAUUUCUGGUCACAUUUUAUUUAUCACUUUGUCAGAGUCCUCAGAAUGGAGCAUCCUCUUGUUCGGCUUCCAAGUAGAAAAACAACAUUCAAAAACAAACAAAAACCUGCUUAGUACUUUUCUCCCUUAUAUCCAGAGCCUGACAAACAGUCAGCAUUCUCGCUGUGGGGUUUGAGAUUCCCCCAGACCCUUCCUACUUCCGAAGUCGCUCCCCCUUCAGUAGCUGUCAGCCCUUUCCUCCUGACUGGGAACUUUCACUGUCAUAGAGGUGAGUCCCUUUUUUUUCUUUUUCCUUUUUUUUUUUAGUGCCUGUGUUGGCCACUUGGGAGAACCACAGGGAUGCUGAACAGGGGGUAGAGGCACCUGUAGCCUUUUCCCCUGGGCACCUAGGCAUGGAUUGCACUGUUUCUGGAUGGAGGGGAGAUAAGCUGCAGCCAGCCUUGGGCUCCUGGGGUAUUUAGUCCUGGCAGAGGAGCAGAAUGUAGAGCCACACAGAGCUCCAAAGCUAACGGUGCAGGCAGGCACUUGGGGUGAGGCAGGGAGAGAGGUGCCAAGUGCCUGCGACUGAGCUGCAUGGUUUGCAGUUUUACUGAGUGUUGGCUUUACGAGUACUUCACGGUCCAGUCCAUGAUGAGCCAGUCACUGCUUCCUGUCGCAUCGGCACUGAGCCUGCAUUGUACCGGGAGGUGCUUCUAGGCUGGAAAGGUUUUACUCAAGAGCAUUGUCAUUUCAUGUUUGUAAGAAUCCUUGCAGUCAAAACCAGGGAAAAUGUGUUUCUUCUUUUUCUUUUUUAACAAAAAGGCAUACAAUGAGACUAGCAAUCUUGUUAAAAUAAUGCAUUUGAAAAAUAAAGUUUUCAGUUUAUGAAGAAAAGGACAUUUUCCUGUCAAACACAAACACACACACACCCCAAAUACUAAUCUACAUUGACUGUAGGGCCUAGCCUAUUUGUAGUUUCAGAUGUGGGUUUGUUUUUAUGGUCAAGCUCUAAAAUAAUGAAAAUAGCCCCCAAAUCUUUAAACACAGAGGUGCUAAGUUAUACCAGGUAACAAUACAGAAAGUGCUGAUAUGAAUAUAUUUACUAACAAUCCAAGAGUUCUGCUAAAUUAUUUGUGUAUCACUGCCUAAUUAGAAACCCUACUUUCUUUCCUAGUCCAGCACAAAAAUCAAACUGUGAUUCCACAGUCUUUUUAGUGGGUAAAAUGAUCCAAGACUUUUGUUUUAUAUGGAAGACUUUUACUUUUUACACUAGCUUCAAAAGUGCUUAAUGGUAGAGGUUUAUUCAGGAUAACUAAGCAUGCACUCCUUUCCUAACUUGCUGGGAGAGACUUGCCCCAAUAGCAUCCCCUACAGACAGACAACUUGUUAGAAACUGGACCUUCUCCCUAAACAUGGCAGUUUAUACGUUAGCCAGUGUAGGUCUGUGGCAGUGUUUUCCACGUCUGUCAUUGUCCAGAGGUGACGGCCCAUCUACAGACAGUGGCAGUACUUUGUGGAGAAGUGUCCACAGCAGCGCGGCCUCACUUUUGGUAACCGGGUCAUCAGCGUGCAUAUCUUAGAUUGGCUUUGUCUGCACAUUCUGUUCUCUCUGCCUCUCCGCACUUCAGGUUCUUAAGCUAUUUUAAAAAUAACUGGGUUUUGGCAAACACCAACUGAAAUGUGUAUGGCAACCGCUUUCGUGAGCAAGUGUGAUUUGUUUUAUGGCUGUUCAAGUUAUCAAGUUCUUAUAUUGUAGGUUAUCAAAAAUCUUGCUGUUUUUAAAGGUUACUGUAACUUGAGGUUCAAAUUUCUGGCACAAUUUUAUUAGUAUUCACUUCUGAAGCUCAUAAGAUACCAUGGUUUUCUAUGUUACUCUCCUUGUAACAUCAAUAAAGUAACUUUCAAUACAA